GGCUAGAGUCGACUAAAUUACGCUGGCAAUUCUAGCAGUAAAUCAUCUUGACCCACUUGACAUUAAUUGUUAGAAUGAUACAGCUCUGUGAUUAUCAUAUUUCUGAUCAGCCAAAAGUCAUUCUGCGCUUCUUCGUCUAAGGUCAACUGGAAGAUUGAUAGAUGAGAAAAGAUAUUAAUUAUAUUGCUACUAGUAUCAAAAAUACAUACAAGAUUACAGUGUUUAACAUUAUUUACUUCUGGUUAGUUUUCUGGUAAUCUUGAUAAAAUUUUUCUCUUUUUUUCACUAUGUUAUCUGAAACAUUAUCAACAAUUACAGUUAGUGGUCAUCAACAAUCAGUGUAAAAUGGAUCGUAUAGUGGAUUGGAUAUCGAAACUAAAAAUUUACCAAAAUUUACGAGUUUAUGUUUACGUGAUCGUCCAUGUAGUCCUUAUGAUGAAAAUGAUGUAUUAGAACUAUACUAUUUGAAAAUACUUUGUAUAAUGGGCUUAUUAUCUGGUAUACUUGUAAUCGCUGUUGUUUUUGUCAAUAUAGAGACAGAUGCAUUCAGCUUAGGUUUCGGUGGUGGCGUUCGUCCACCUGUUUAUCGACCACCAGUUGGUAUUCCCACUAUUCCACCAUUCAAUCCAGUACGCAUACCCACAUGGAAACCAAAUCCUAAUCCCAAUGAUGGUGAUUUGCCAGAUAUUGAUGGAGGCAACGGUUCGAGUGGGGGAGCAGCACCACCAUUUGUUCCCAAUGCCUGUUGUAGCCAAAAACCAUCACCAUUUGCAUGUUCCAAUGGACAAGUUCUAGGUUGUUCAUGUGCUUGCAAAGAUUCUCUUAUGAUUCAAAAUCAAGAAAACAUUGAUAAUUUAUAUCUUCAUUCGAAAAUGACCGAUAAUCAUACAAAAUCAGUUCGUAUUAAUAUUGAUACACCGAAUAAUACAAUAUUUACAAGAAUUAUAAACGAAAUUGAUAUUAAUGAAAUAUCAAUAAAAGAAUUUAAUAAUGAAACGUAUACAGCUCAUUCACACAAUCAUGAAAUUAAUGGGGUAGAAAUGGCAGGGCACUCUGUAGUACUGUACUGUACUAACAAUACGCCAAAAUUCACGGCUCAAGCAAUACCAAAGCUGUUCAGUCGAACAUUAUGUUCAUAA